GUGCUGGUGGCAGCACUCCUACAGGAGACGCUCCUAACGGAGCAGGUGAUCCUGGUCUUGGAGGUGGAAACGGAAAUGAUACUUGUCCCACCGGAACGUUCCAUUGUGAAGAUAGCGAAGGCGGCUGCUGUCCGAACGGCACAACUUGUCUACCCAACUUUAAAUGCAGUGCGCCCGGUACUGGUGCUGGUGGCAGCACUGGAAACACUCCCAAUGGUGUAGGUGAUGGUCUCGGAGGUGCUGGUGGCAGCACUCCUACAGGAGACGCUCCUAACGGAGCAGGUGCUGGAGGAGGUACUGGUAUAAAUAACACAACAGCAGGAGGCGAUAAUACAAAUACUACUACGACUACAGGAGGCAAUUCUACAGAUAAUACAACUACUACGGGAGACGAUUCUACAUAUAACACAUCUUCGGGAAAUGAUAAUACCACACCCACGGGAAAUGGCGAUGCCACGCCCACUAGCAGUAAUAAUGCGAAAGGAGAUACCGGGUCAAACACUAGCGGCGUUUACAACUACAAGACACAGUUACGAUUGUCUGAUCUGUUUCUGACGAUAAUCCCCGUUAUACUUGUUCAUUUGUAUGUUUGA